UCUAUUUAGAAUCUAUAGAGACUUUUCUCAUAGAGUUAGCAAUAAUCUGCACCUCUAGGGAAUAUUUUAAACCAUGAUUUUCCAAACUCUUUUCAAGAGUAGAGAUCUUGCAUGAUUCUGAGUGGACAAAUUUAAUCAAUUAUAGGAAAAUGGAAGGAAAGGAACCCCAAAUACCUCAAGAAGGUGUUGAAGAGGAGUCAAAUAUAGUGUUUACCCCUCCAGAGUUCAACAAGAUUAGUAGCCAUCCAGUUAAUGAAUUGGAUAUGGAGAAUCUUCAUUUUGAUAAAGGAACUGAAGUUGCCCAAGAUGACAUUAAUAAGCUUCAUUCAACUAUUAAGGUCAGAUGCUGCAUGUGAGGAGAUCUGAUAGAGCCCAAUCCAAGCAGUACUUGUAUGGAGUGCCUUUCAGAGACUAUUGAUAUCACCGAAGGAAUUUCUAUCACAAAUGAUAUUGCUCAAUGUCGGACUUGUGAGAGAUGGUGUGGGCCCCCUUGGAUAUACUGAGAUAGAGAGUCCAAUGAGAUGCUCACUCUUCUCCUCAAGAAGAUUAAAGGGAUGAAUAAAUCAACCAAAAUUUUGGACGCUUCAUUGGUUUGGACUGAGCCCCACUCAAAAAGACUGAAAGUGAAAAUUACCAUAUCUAAAGAAGUCCUAAAUAACACUGUGAUGAGGAAGACACAGGUAAUUACCUUCAUCGAGAAGAAUCAGCAGUGUGAUGAAUGAAAGAAAUCUUUUACUCCUCAUACGUGGAAUGCUGUUGUCCAGCUUAGACAGAAAGUUGGCCAUAAAAGAACAUUCAUGUUUCUUGAGCAGUUGAUUUUGAAGAACAAAGUUCAUGAGAAAUGUCUCAAUGUAGAGGAAAAAGAUGAUGGACUUAACUUCUAUUUCAGAGACAAAGCCAGAGCAAUGGGACUAAUGGAGUUUGUUCAGAACCAAAUAGUUGUUAGAGUGAAGCAAUCGAAUAAACUUGUUUCUCAUGAUGAGAAGAAGGGAACUUCAAAUUCAAAAUUUACCAUCAGUAUUGAUAUUGCUCCUGUGUGUAAAGAUGACCUUGUCCUUCUUCCUAAGAAGUUAUCAAGAGAUCUUGGAGGCAUUGGACCACUUGUGCUAUGAUAUAAGAUUUCAAAGUCUAUUAACAUUGUUGAUGUUGUGACAAUGGAGACAAGUGAAAUAGAUUCAGCAUCUUAUUGGAAAAAUCCAUUCUCAUCUCUAAUUACCAGACCUCAAGCAAUAGCUUAUGUUGUCAGAAAUAUAGACAACGCAGAUUUCGAUGUGAACGAGUCUAGAGCAGCCAAGAGGAACAAAUUCAAAUUUGCUGAAGUUGAGGUUCAAAGAUACUCUGAAGUAGGUGUCAACGACCAAACAUAUUUUUCAUACACACAUCUUGGAGAGAUGUUGACUUACGAUGAUACUGUGCUUGGUUAUGACCUAGAAUCAGCCAAUUUCUCUGAUGAACAGAGGGAUUUACUAGAGAAUAAAAAGAAACAAACCCCAGAUGUAGUGUUAAUUAGAAAAGGAUACCCAAAAACUAGAGCUAAAAGGAAGAACAAAAAACGUAAGUGGAAGCUCAAGCAUCUCAAGGCUGACAAACAAGAAGACAUAGAUUUCCUCGAUCACCUAAAAUCAAAAGCUCCAAAAGGAAGCAAGAAAGCAGCUAAGCAUAGCAAGAAGGUAAAGAAGGAAGAAAAAUCAAUUGCAAACAAAAAUAUUGACUACGAGUUGUUCUUGCAAGACCUGGAAGAAGAUAGAGAAAUGAGAGGGCAAGUUAAUAUUUACAAAGAAGAUCACUUUGAAGAAGAGAAAGAAGAAGAGGAAAUCAAAAAGACAACAAAGAAGAUAGAUGAUAUGAAGCUUGGAGAUGAAAUUGCCCAGAUUGACCAGAUUGGCUCUGAUACAGAUGAUGAGAACUUCCCUGAUAUUCAAGAUGAUGAAUUUGAGUCAGACUAA